GCGUGGUCUUUUCAAUUUUGAUUUGCGAAAGGAGGGAGAAAGGAUAAAACGUGGAACGUAGCUUUCACAUAUUUAUAUAUUUACCCAUUUUUCUCUCAUUUUUUAUAUAUAUACAUUUUGAACCUUCCCACUCUCAGGUUAAUUUGAACAUAAGCAUUAUCAUUACCGACUACCGAGGGACGCAGUCACAGAUCGUGAAAGCGCCCCUGUACUCUCUUCUUCUUUGUUGUCUCAGUUUGAGUUUGAGCUUUGGUCUUUCACAGUCACAGAUCUUAGCUGCGCUUGCGGUAGCCUUGGAUUGGUAGAGGAAACUGAAGCCUUCGCUCCAUGCCACGGCGGCAUUAGCAUUAUUACUCUUUCUUGACUCAUAAUUUUUCAUGCUUAUACAACACACACUCUCUCUCUGCUUGUGUUUGCGCUAAAUUUGUGAAGAAGAGCAGGCUGUAGUGAAUGUAUCUAUCUGAGUUACUUGUUCGUAUCAUGUUGUGUGUACUCUGAAGCUAUCUCUUCUGCAACCAACCGCGCUCUAGAACAAGAAUUAAAAACAAAGUGAAGAUCUGGAAACCUUAAGGACCGAAUUAGAUCUCUCGAAUGUCUCAAAUCAAGAGCCGCUGUUCCUGUCGCAACUGCAACUGCUAGGGUUUUUGAUUUGUGCCGAUGACUACCAAACGCGCCUACAAACUUCAGGAAUUUGUAGCACAUGCUUCCACCGUCAAUUGCCUCAAGAUUGGACGAAAAUCAUCCAGGGUUCUUGUCACUGGAGGUGAAGAUCACAAGGUCAAUCUUUGGGCUAUUGGCAAACCUAAUGCUAUACUGAGUCUAUCAGGACAUUCAAGUGGAAUAGAUUCUGUAAGCUUUGAUUCCUCUGAAGUGUUGGUAGCUGCUGGAGCUGCAAGUGGUACUAUCAAACUUUGGGACUUAGAAGAGGCAAAAAUUGUACGUACGCUUACUGGUCAUAGGUCCAAUUGCACAUCAGUGGACUUUCAUCCUUUUGGAGAGUUCUUUGCUUCUGGUUCUCUAGAUACUAAUCUUAAGAUAUGGGACAUCAGAAAGAAGGGUUGUAUCCAUACAUACAAAGGCCACACUCGAGGGGUAAAUGCUAUUAGGUUCACCCCAGAUGGACGCUGGGUUGUUUCAGGCGGUGAGGACAACACUGUAAAGUUAUGGGAUCUGACUGCGGGGAAACUCUUGCAUGAUUUUAAAUGUCACGAGGGCCAGAUCCAAUGUAUAGACUUUCAUCCCAAUGAAUUUCUACUAGCAACAGGCUCGGCAGAUAGAACAGUUAAAUUCUGGGACCUUGAAACAUUUGAGCUUAUUGGUUCAGCUGGUCCUGAGACAACUGGAGUACGUUCUCUUACUUUUAGUCCUGAUGGGAGGACCCUGCUCUGUGGUUUACAUGAGAGUUUGAAGGUUUUCUCUUGGGAACCUAUUAGAUGCCAUGAUAUGGUGGAUGUGGGUUGGUCUAGAUUGUCAGAUCUUAACGUUCAUGAAGGAAAACUUCUUGGCUGCUCAUACAAUCAAAGCUGUGUCGGAGUCUGGGUUGUGGACAUCUCGCGUAUAGAACCAUAUGCACCUAAUAAUGUGAACCAUCUAAAUGGCCAUUCAGAAACUAAAUCUUCAAGUGGAAAUAUGACUGUACUGAAUGAGAUCACUGCUAAGGCUAGGCUAUCUGUUUCUCAAAAUCCAGAUCAAUUAAUAAAGGAAACAAGGUCUCUUGGAAGGUUGUCAGUUUCUCAAGAUUCAGACCCCUUAAAGGAGGGAAAAUCCACAGGAAGUGCACCAAGUACUCCUCAAAGGAUCAAUUUGAACUCUGGUCCAAAAACAGCACCUGUUGGUUCAACAACAGUUCUUAAUACAACAUCUCAGAAAAGGAGUUCUUUGAAAUCUCAUACAACAUCCAGUGUUCCACUCAUCAAUAAAUCAGAUAUUAUACCGGUAAUUGUUCCCAGAACUAGCACAAGGUCAGAGCCUGUAGUUGAUUCUAGAAAAGAAGUUGGUGUUGCUGGAAGAACAAUGCCAUUCCCCUUGCAGUCAAAGCCACCAAAUAUACGUAAAUUUCCAAACAACAAAGAUGAUGUGGAUAAGGCCCCCCUCCCUCCUGUAACCGAAUCUGUAGCUUCUAAGGGUAGUGAAUUAAGCAGUUUAGCUGAUAAAAACAAUUUCCCUGCUUCUGUAAGCUCAACACAAGAUGAAGCUCGGGCCCCAAAAGUGAACAGAGAUGUAUGUUCUGCCGAAGUACAAAAAGGAGGUAGAGUGCGCUCACUUCUCAAUUUAGAAAAGAGGGAACGAUCUCUUAACUAUGAGGGACCUAGACAAGGGAUUUCUCAUGGAAGGAUAUCAUCAGUUCAUGUUCUCCCUUUCAGUGGGAGAGCACAUUCUAUAUCCACUGAGAAGGCUACAGUUUCUGCUACCGAUGAAGAUUCCAUUGCAGAUGUGAUGGAACUGCAUGAUGAAUUUCUCAGUUCAAUGCUGGCUCGUUCAGCUAAGUUACAGAUGGUCUUCAGAUGCUGGGAAAGAAAUGAUGUUAAGGAGGUCAUUGGCAUAAUGGCAAAGAUGGAUGAUCAUGCUGUGAUUGCUGAUGUUGUUAGCAUUAUAAUGGAAAAAAUUGAUACCAUCACCCUUGAUAUAUGCACGGGUCUUCUGCCACUUCUAGCUGACCUUCUACAAAGUGAAAUGGACAGACAUCUAGAAAUAUCCUUGGAAAUGCUAUUGAAACUGGUCAGAAUAUUUGGUUCAGUAAUCUAUUCAACUCUAUCAGCUACGCAACCCGUUGGUGUCGAUAUUGAGGCAGAGAAAAGGCUAGAACGUUGCAACCUCUGCUUCAUAGAGCUUGAAAAAGUCAAACGUCUUUUGCCUUCUCUUUCAAGAAGAGGAGGAUCAAUUGCAAAAUCUGCACACGAGUUAAAUCUGGCUUUGCAGGAUGUUUCGUGAUCCUGUCCUGAUUCAAUUAUUUCUGCUGCUGAUGUUUUGCCGGUGCUUUUGGGGGGUUUUGUGCAUUUUAAAGAUUUAAACCUCUACACAAGCCAUCGAAUAGUUUUGUGCAAUGUCAUUUGGCGUCGAAUGAAGCCUUUUCUUGUAUGUACAUUUAUUGGUGUUAAAAUUCAUGGUAGUGGAGGCACUGAUAACUGCUAAUUCCGAGACGAAAGCCAAAGCUUGAGACAUGUCACCCUCUGCUGAUGGUUGCACAGCGCUGACUAUAACCUGUCGUCAUCUGCUUAAUGUGAAGAUCUCAGUCCGUUGGACAACUAACCUAAUAUGUGGCAUAACAUACUACUGCCUGUCUAAUCUUAUUUCAAAAUUUCAUGAUUUUUGUUAUGGCGCUUUAAGUGCCGUUAUGCAUAGUGAGUGGCGCCGUUCAUAUUUCUAUUUGUUGCAUAUUCUUGUAUGAUUUUCUUUCAAUGCUUUUGGGGAAAUAUGACGAUGGAUUAGUGUCUUGUAGCUACACAGCUUUGCCAAAUGAUAUGGUAUAUUCAAUUUCACGGACUAUCUACGCACGAA